GUCCAAAGUAUAAAGUAGCGCGAGCGCCUUAACAGGGGGGGAAAAAAGUAUAGUCGAUAGAGAGGGACGCAUAGAGAAGCGCACACAUACACACACACACACACACACACGCAUGCAGAGACAUAUUUCAGUGUCCAACGGAAAACUGGCUCAUGUGUGUACAUGUACACACAGAAGAGUGGACAUCUUUACAAGUUAACCAGGAGUAGAUAGCCGAAAAUGGAGCGGGAGUUAUGGAUUUAACGCGUAGAGGACUUGAAAUGGGCGGUCUGCCUCUGCCGCUGCUGCUGCUGCUGCUGCUGUGGAGUUGCCUGCUGUCGGCGGUUGACGGCUCACCUCUCCUCCUGUUUGCCAACCGGCGUGACGUACGGUUGGUGGAUGCAGAGGGCGUGCGGGGUGAGUCGGCUAUCGUUGUUAGUGACCUAGAGGAUGCAGCAGCGGUGGACUUCCUGUAUUCUGAGGGCCUGAUAUUUUGGACAGAUGUCAGCGAGGAGGCCAUCAAACAGACGCACUGGAAUCAGUCAUCUAACUCCCUUAAAGAGGCUCUGGGAACUGGUCAGACAGUGGUAGUAUCAGGGCUGGACAGUCCUGACGGGCUGGCCUGUGACUGGUUGGGUAGAAAGCUCUACUGGACAGACUCAGAGACCAAUCGGAUUGAAGUGGCCAACCUGGACGGCACCUCCAGGAAGGUCCUGUUUUGGAUGGACUUGGACCAGCCCAGGGCUAUCGCUCUAAACCCCGCCCAACGCUACAUGUACUGGACAGACUGGGGAGAGGAGCCCAGGAUAGAGCGUGCUGGUAUGGACGGCAGCAACAGGAAAGUUAUAGUGGUUGUGGACAUAUACUGGCCCAACGGUCUGACCAUAGACCUGGUGGAACAGAAGUUAUACUGGGCAGACGCCAAACUCAGCUUCAUUCACAGAGCUAACCUGGACGGAUCAGCACGUGAAACAGUGGUGGAGGGAACCCUGACCCAUCCUUUUGCACUCACUCUGUCUGAGGAGACCUUAUACUGGACCGACUGGCAGACCCGCUCCAUCCACGCCUGUAACAAAAACAGUGGAGACAAAACCAGAGAGAUCCUCAGUGGGAUUUACUCUCCUAUGGACAUCCAGGUCCUGGAGUCCUACCGCCAGCCUUACAUCCACACUCCCUGUAGUGACAAUAAUGGAGGCUGUAGUCAUCUGUGCCUACUCUCUCCGGUCCAACCUUUCUACAGCUGCGCCUGCCCCACUGGAGUCCAGCUUAAACCAGAUGGAAAGACAUGCAAACCAGGAGCAGAGCAAGUUUUACUGCUGGCUCGACGGACUGACUUGAGGAGAAUCUCACUGGACCUACCAGACUUCACUGAUAUAGUACUACAGGUUGAUGACAUUCGCCAUGCCAUAGCUAUAGACUAUGACCCAGUUGAAGGUUACGUUUACUGGACAGAUGAUGAGGUUCGAGCCAUCCGGCGAUCCCACAUUGAUGGCAGCAAUGCCAUGAUGCUUGUUACUACGGAGAUCAACCACCCAGAUGGCAUUGCUGUGGACUGGGUGGCCAGAAACCUGUACUGGACUGACACUGGGACUGACAGGAUAGAGGUUACCAGGCUGAAUGGAACCUCUCGAAAAAUUUUGAUUUCUGAGAACCUGGAUGAACCCAGAGCCAUCGUCCUGGACCCCAUGAAUGGCUACAUGUACUGGACAGACUGGGGCGAGCAUCCGAAGAUCGAACGAGCCAACCUGGAUGGAACGGACCGGGUGGUUCUGCUCAACAGCUCUCUCGGCUGGCCCAAUGGAUUGGCUAUUGAUUACGCAGCAGGAAAGCUUUACUGGGGAGACGCCAAAACUGACAAGAUAGAGGUGAUCAACGUGGACGGCAGUAACAGACAGACUCUACUGGAGGACAAGCUGCCACAUAUCUUUGGUUUUACUCUGCUGGGUGAUUACAUCUACUGGACUGACUGGCAGAGACGCAGCAUUGAGCGAGUCCACAAAGCCACGGCUGUACGAGAGAUCAUCAUCGAUCAGCUUCCGGAUUUAAUGGGGCUGAAGGCCACCAAAGUCACCGAGACGAACGGUACAAACGGCUGCGCGGUGGAUAACGGCGGAUGCAGCCAUCUGUGUUUCUGGUGUCGGCAGGCUGUCAGCUGUGCCUGUCCCAUGGGGAUGGAGCUCCUCUCAGACCUGCAGACUUGUGUGGUGCCUGAGGCCUUCCUGCUCUUCACCAACAGGGAUAACAUCAGGAGUAUUUCUUUGGGUACCAACAGCAACGAUGUGGCCAUCCCUCUGACGGGAGUCAAAGAGGCCUCUGCUCUGGACUUUGACGUCUCUGAAAGGAGAAUCUACUGGACAGACAUACAGGCCAAGACAAUCAGCAGAGCGUAUAUGAACGGCAGCUCUGUAGAACACGUCAUAGAGUUCGGGCUGGACUACCCAGAAGGCAUGGCAGUUGACUGGAUGGGUCGUAACAUCUACUGGGCCGAUACAGGCACAAACCGCAUCGAGGUGGCCCGGCUGGACGGCCAGUACCGGCAGGUUCUCGUCUGUAAGGAUCUUGACAACCCGCGCUCUCUGGACAACCCACGAUCGUUGGCACUGGACCCGGCCAAUGGCUACAUGUACUGGACAGAGUGGGGCGGCCGACCUCGUAUAGCCAGAGCCUACAUGGAUGGCAGCACCAUCUCAACCCUGGUGGAUAAAGUGGGCCGAGCCAACGGACUGACCAUCGACUAUAUCGACCACCGACUCUACUGGACCGACCUGGACACGUGCAUGAUCGAAAGCACCAACAUGCAAGGUCUUCAGAGGGAGAUCAUCGUCGACGACCUCCCUCACCCCUUCGGUCUGACUCAGUACAGAGACUUUAUCUACUGGACGGAUUUUAACCUGCGCAGUAUUGAACGGGCGGACAAACGCAGUGGACUCAACCGCACUGUGGUGCUGCAGGGCCAGCUGGAGCUGAUGCUGGAUAUCCUGGUGUUCCACUCCUCGCGUCAGGAGGGCACCAACGAGUGCUCCCAGAACAACGGCAACUGUGCCCAUCUUUGCCUGGCUACGCCUGCUGGUGCCCAGUGCCGCUGUGCCUCCCACUACACUCUGAACCCUGACGGACGAAACUGCAGCUCUCCCUCCAGUUUCCUGCUCUUCAGUCAGAAGGCCAGUAUCAGCAGGAUGGUGUUGGGAGAGCAGAGUCCUGACAUCAUACUGCCUAUCCACGUCCUGAGGAACGUCCGAGCUGUCAACUACGACCCGCUGGACCGGCUGGUCUACUGGCUGGACGGACGACAGAACAUACGCAGGGCCAGAGACGAUGGAGCGAUGUCCUCCAUGAUAGUGAGCAGCAGUGUUCAGCCAGUGGACAACCAGCUUCAUGACCUGAGCCUGGACCCCUACAGCCGCCACAUUUACUGGACCUGUGAGACCACGAACACCAUCAGUGUCCAGAGGAUGGACGGACAUACCGUGGGCGUGGUCCUGAAAGAUGACACGGACAAGCCACGGGCCAUCGUGGUUAAUGCGGAGAAAGGGUACAUGUAUUUCACCACAGUGCAGGAGCGCUCAGCGAAGAUCGAAGGAGCCAGUCUGGACGGGACAGAGAGAGAGUCUCUGUUCACCACUGGUCUGAUCAGACCAGUAGCUCUGGCUCUGGACAACAAACUGGGAAAACUGUUCUGGGUUGAUGCUGACCUCAAACGCAUCGAGAGCAGCGACCUGACAGGAGCCAAUCGCAUCGUCCUCCAGGACUCCAACAUCCUCCAGCCAAUGGGUCUGACGGUUCUGGGAGAUCACCUGUACUGGAUCGACCGGCAGCAGCAGAUGAUAGAGAGGGUGGACAAACUGACUGGAGAUGGACGCACACGCAUACAGGGACGCAUCUCGUACCUGACCUCCAUCCACGCUGUGGAGGAGAUGGAUCCUCAGGAGUUUGCAUCCCACCCUUGUUCCCGUGACAACGGGGGCUGUUCUCACAUCUGCAUUGCCAAGGGCGAUGGAACGCCUCGCUGCUCCUGUCCCAUGCACCUGGUGUUACUGCAGGACCUGCUGCACUGUGGAGAGCCUCCCACCUGCUCCACAGAGCAGUUCAGCUGCUCCACGGGGGAGAUCGACUGUAUUCCGAUGGCCUGGCGGUGUGACGGCUACCCUGAAUGUGACGACAGCAGCGAUGAAGAGAACUGCCCCGUCUGCUCAGCCUUCCAGUUCCAGUGUGAUAAAGGAGGCUGCAUAGAUGCUCAGAGGCGCUGCAACGGCGAACCUGACUGCGCUGAUCACUCUGAUGAGCAGGACUGUGAAACCAUCUGUCCUCCUAACCAGUUCCGCUGUGGUGACAACACGUGUAUCACCAAGAAACAACAGUGUGACAACUACUCUGACUGUCCCGACGGAUCAGACGAGCUCGCCUGUGAGUACAGUGUAGUUGCCCCGCCCUCCAGUGGCAUCCCGAACACCGGGCCCAACACCAUCGGCCCAGUCAUCGCCAUCAUCCUGCUCGUCUUCGUGAUCGGGGGAGCUUAUUUCGUGUGCCAGCGUGUGGUGUGUCGCCGCUACAAAGGUCCCAGUGGGACUUUCCCUCAUGAGUACAUCAGCGGUACGCCCCAUGUGCCCCUCAACUUCAUCGCCCCCAGCAGCUCGCAGCAUGGCACCUUCCAAGGUAUUUCCUGCGGGAAGUCCAUGAUGAGUUCAGUGAGCCUGAUGGGCAGCAGCAGCAGCGGAGCUCCUCUGUACGACAGGAACCAUGUGACCGGAGCCUCAUCCAGCAGCUCAUCGUCCGCCAAGGGAGCCUUCUACCCUCAGAUCCUGAACCCUCCUCCGUCCCCGGCUACUGACCGCUCUCUCUACAACACAGAGAUCUUCUACUCCUCAAACAGUCCGUCCACCACCAGAUCGUACAGACCCUACCACCCAGUCCGUGGUGCCGCCCCGCCCACCACUCCCUGCAGCACCGACGUCUGCGACAGCGACUACACUCCCCACCACCCAGCGGCUGGGCUGGCGUCAUCAACAAGCCGCUGGAAGGCCGCGGGCCACGGCAAACACAACAAGUACUACAUGGACCUGAAUUCAGACUCGGACCCCUACCCUCCACCCCCCACGCCUCGCUCCCAGUACCUGUCAGCUGAGGAAAGCUGCCCUCCGUCCCCCUCCACCGAGCGCUCCUACUUCCACCUGUGCCCGCCUCCUCCCUCGCCCUGCACCGACUCCUCGUGACCCUCCAACAGCUCCGGAGCCCUGUGAGGAAGGAUGCAGUCGCCUUGCUACAAGAACUGGCCUCGUCUGGCCCACUUUACCAGGGAAAGAACUCAUGUGCCAACUUCCAGCCCUGACCGGCUCACACGUGCUGCUUUAUACCAGCUGGUUAGGCACAAGUGCCUUGCUCAAGGUCCCAUAUCGGUCAUUUCAUCAUUCCAGUCAUCUUGGAGCUCUCAGGGUGACCAUCAUCUGAUCAGUUGUACGCCUGUCUUUCACGUGUCCUGCUCUGACAUUAAGUGGCGGCAGAUUGAAGCCUCGCCGCAGGUCACAAAAGAAAUGAUGGGUGAAUACAGCCAGCAGCUCCCUCUUACAUUUCAUUCCAUCUAAAACGAAUCACUUCCUGAUCACAAAAUUUCAAGAUCUGUCCAAAUGUACGAUAUAACUCCUAUCCUCCCGUUCAGAAUCGAACUCACCCACCGAGAGAGUCAGCAGUAGGCACGGCUGUUGUGUGAAAGCUUCGCACCGUUUGUCCUCUCCCUCCUCACAGCGUCCUUGUUGGCAGACCAACGGCAGGACUGUAUAUAGUGUUAAAAUAAUAUGAACAAAAAUAAAUCAGAGAGGAAUUAUUUUACUAUUUUAUUCACGCUGGCUGAUCCACCGCUCCACACAAAACACAGGACAGAUAGAUGAGUGUGUGUGUAUGCGCGAGUGAAUGAUGUAAGGGUGAAUGGGUGUGUUCGGCUCGAUGUAGGAAAUCAGAUCAGCUCGUAGAUGACUGAAUUAAUGUGUAUGAAUGAAUGAAUGAAUGAAUGAAUGAGUGGAUGGAUCGAACACGGCCAAGAUCAGAGUGUGAAAUCUUUUGUACAUUGUGUUGAAAUUGUCGCCCUCGCUUUUCAAAUUGUGAAUAGUUAGGAGUUGAAAAUCAGAGUAUCAUUCUGGGUUUUUUAUAUUCGGUAUGAAAUCAAAAAUCAGAAAUUAAAAAAAAAAAAAAAAACAAUUUAUUUGUUAAUGAAUCGGAUACUCAAACGCAAAUAAGGGUUUGUUUUUCAUACUUUGGAUUUUAUGCUCAGAUCCAGAAUAGGAAAAGAAAAAAAAAUUAUUUGAAUUUUUUUUAGCAAUAUUUUUAUUAGGUUCUUUCAGUUAUAACAGAUAUAAAUAAAAUAGUCUUGGCUGCAAAUAUUUUAUACCAUGAAAAGAAAAGGCAAGCCAAAAAACAAAACAAAGAAACAAAAAAGACAAAUAAAAACGACAAAAAAAUUAAACAGAGGUGAAAAUCAGAUGCUACAGUUGUAAUGUAUGUAAUGUACAGAAAAUUUAAAUUGCACCGACCUCCCUCCCAUCUUUGGUUUUAUUGAUCUUUAUCAACAUUUUGUUUAAAACGUCCAUGAAGUUUUUCCAUAGCAAUGCUUGCUGAUAAAUCCUUAAAAUAUCGCUUUAAACUUGGUUGGUUUACAUCUUGCCAUCCUACAGCUAUCGCUCUCUUAGCUUGUAAUUUAACUUAAUUUGAUUUGUUUUGAGUCUGAUGUUGCUCCUACGGACUAGCUGCUCCCUGUGGUUCCUCUCUGUCUCACUCUCGGCUUAUGAUGCUACUUUUGCCGCGAGGAGAGCGGCCCGCUCCUCGGAAGACGGAUUUACACUAGCAACUCGAAUUCAGCCAGAGCUAACCCGCUAACCCAGCGGUCAUAAUGGGCUGGCGGCCAAUGGCAGUGCUGGGUCUAACCUGGGGAGGGGGGGUUUGCGCUGGCUGUGUUCGAGUAGCUACUGCUGCAAACUGAAGGGACGUCUCCACGGCUGCUGUGUGCUCUCGUCUUAGGGGAGUAGUCUAAUUUGCAGCAGUGAGGCAGAGAGAAGACGGGAUGCAAUACGGUCCGUCUCCCUGGAAAAUUAAUAUAGUAGCUUAGGACAUAGCGGUAUGGAGCACUUAAUUUCAGUACGAAAAACAAAC